CAUUUUUCCGUUUGUGUAGUCAGGAGUACAGCCAACAAAAGCUUUCGUCUGUUAUGCGGUGCGUGGAAGUGUUUAUCGUUGUAAUUUAAUGUUUGUAUAAUUUGUAUCUGUACAUACUAUGAGAGAAGAGUCUACCACGGUUAAGUAAAGCAUUACAAAAUAUCGACAAAACCAUCAUCGAAAGAUCAUGUCGGAUAAUGUGAAAGUGUCGAUAAAAGUGCGGCCACUCAUUAAACGAGAGAAGGACAGCAAACUAGCGUCACAAUGGCGCAUCCGGGAUAAUACGAUAGUAUCGAUCGACGGCAAUGGUGAUCCGUUCGUAUUUGAUCAUAUCUUCGACGAAACCGUAUCCACCCGAAAGCUGUUUGAUACCGUUUGCCGUCCUGUGAUUCUGUCUGCGCUCAAUGGCAUCAACGGAACGAUAUUUGCGUACGGUCAGACUUCUUCCGGUAAAACGUACACCAUGAUCGGGAACGAACGUGAACCAGGCGUGGUAACGUUGACGGCGAGUGAAAUUUUUGAACAAAUCAAAAAGAUCAAGGAACGUCAGUUUCUGAUACGCGUGGGUUUCAUCGAGAUCUACAACGAAAAGAUUCACGAUCUGCUGAACACUGCGAACACGAAUCUGAAGAUUGCGGAAAACCAGUGCGGCGAUGUGUCGGUAAAUUCGAAGGAAUGCAUCACGAACUGUGCGGAACAGAUCAUACAGCACGUGGAAGAUGGUAACAAAGCGCGAAAGAUUGGAGAAACGCAUAUGAACGAGCGGUCUAGUCGAUCGCACACGAUUUUUCGGAUUACGAUAGAAUCAAGAAUUAUUAGUUCCACGUCUGGUGACGGCAGUAUGGAUAACGAGGCGGUUCAGAUCGGUAUUUUGAAUUUGGUAGAUUUGGCUGGCAGUGAGCGAGCAGAUCAAACCGGUGCUACUGGGUCCCGAUUUAAGGAAGGUGUAUGUAUCAACAAAAGCCUUCUGUCGCUUAGUUGCGUGAUACAGAAAUUGAGCGAGAAUUCGGACAAGCAGUUUAUCAAUUAUCGUGAUUCGAAGCUGACGAGAAUCUUGCAAGCGUCGCUCGGUGGAAAUGCGGUUACUUCCAUGAUCUGCAACAUAACGCCGGCCGUGGUGGAUGAAACGUACUACACGCUAAGCUUUGCGAUGCGUGCCAAAAAUAUCCGGAACAAGCCAAAGGUGAACGAAAUUCUCACCGAUGCGGCCAUGAUGAAGCGGCUCGAGCGAGAAAUCAAACGGCUGGAGAAUGAGCUUCGUUCGGAGCAAAACAAGAACAGUAAAAUCAAAAUGCUGAAGCUACAGAAUGCCAUCACGCUACGCACGAAUCAGUUCAUUAAUUCGAACCAAGCACAACAGACACUGACCGACAACGCGCGGCGCCGAACGUGGUGUCCGUCUACGUCGGAAAUUCCAAGAUUAGCUGCUACCCAACGGCCUACUCCGGACGCGAUGAGUGAAGGGCGAACCCUGAUGGGACCUCCCGCGACGUUUAUCGGUGGGCAGUAUCUUAUGACCAUGAACGGUGCAACACCACAGAUUGCCAUUCGCACAAUGUCGGCCGAUGAGGACCAGUUUCCGAACGCCAGCGGUCCUGUGGAUGGGGGAGGUUUCUCUGCAACGUUAGCACUAAUGGGAAACGAUGAGUCGCAGAUUAACUACCGUGAGUUACUCGACAAUAAGGACUUGUUAGCACGACGGAUACGCUCCAUAUCGCCGGAUGGAUUGUUGAAUCCGUUCGCCGUCGAGGGCGAUGAAUUUGUACCGGGUGAGCAAAUAAGCUUUGGACGUGUAUCCUUAUCGCCACUGGCAACCAUCGAACGGGAACUUCACACGCCGAAGAGCCUGCGUAGGACGCGUCGAUCGUCUGCCGGUGAUUCCCCGUCACAGUCUUAUUACGAGCAGCGGUGCCGGGAGUUGGAACAGGAACUGACCGAGUUGCAGGAGUUCACCAGGCUAGAAAACUUAGUCGAGAGGAAAGAUCUGAAGCAAGAGCUCGUCAAGCGUGAAGCAGCUCUAUCGGAUUUGAGAAGCAAUCUCGAUGAGAAGGAGCUUCGCUUGGUUCAGCUAGAGGAACGAUGCACCCAUCUAGAGAUUGAACUGAAGCACCAGAUGGCAGCAGUGACCAAAGCAGAGCAAGAUGUCGCUCUAGCUGCUAAGGAACGCCAUGCAGCCGUAAAGGAAGCGGAGCUGCAUCGCAAUCAGCACACUGGCAUCGAGUUUGAAUUCGAGCUAUUCCGGCAGCGGUCGGAAGCCCGAGAGAAAGAACUAAUAGAGUCGCUUCAAGAGGCACGCAGCGGUGGAGGUAACAACUCCAAUGUGUCUGAUAGCUUCAAAUUGGAUCAAAAGCGAGAAGAAAUGAAGCGCUUAGAAAUGCAAAACUACGAAUUCACGCUACAGUUGGAAGAAUGUAACAAACAGAUUGAACAGCUAAAAUCCUCCUGCAUGGAGCACCAUCGCAAACUGGAACAUGUCAAACAAGCUGUCCUCCAGUACCAACAAACUCCCGCACAGGUGGAGGACGUUGCUCAGUCGCUCGUGAAUUUGUUGCGCAAGUUGCUUUUGUCUCAGGAAACAGUAUCGGAAACGGCAACGAAUGGAUCCCACCAGAAUGGUUUCCAACCAGCAACAUCCGAUUACGAUGCUAAUCGGACGAAUGGAAUCGAUGGAAAUGCCACCAUUCUAGGUGAGGAGAAAACCAUUCAAGAGUUGGUGAAAAUCGUCGAGCAGCUCGAAGAAAACAUUCAGAUACUCGAGCGAGAAAGGUGUUCGCAACAGGAGGCGAGUGAUGUGAUGUUGGGAAAGUUAAAAUCGAAGCUUGAAAGUAAGUACGCAUCCAUCGAACAACUGGAAAAGGAGCUCAAACAGUGGAAAGAAAAGUUCGAAUCACAGACCACCGAAUAUGAUGAACUAUCGACUCAGCUUAUGGAUCAAAUGCAGGAUAAUGAAAAUCUUCGAAAGGAGUUUGAAUUGUUCCGCAAAAAUCAGAUGGAGCUAGAGAAGGAUACGCAGGCGAAGCGUAGCGAGCUCGAUCGUGAAGUUGUAACGUUGCGUGAAUCGCUUGAAAAAUUAACCACCGAACGAGAAAAUUUAAAACAUUUGUGUGAUUCCCUUAAAGCUGCUGUUGAAGAACACAUUUCUCAAGCUAAAACGAUCGUUGCAGAAAAGGAGAAAUUGUCAUUGGAAUGUCAUGAAGCGAAGAUCCUCUUCGAUGAGGCCGUUUCCAAGAGGGAUGAGUUAUCGAAGAAACUAAUGUGUUUGAAAGAGGAAACAGAAACAGCUACAAGUGUUGAGCUAGAAACAUUGAGGAAUGAAAUUGUGAGACAAGAAUCGGAAAUCAACGAUCAGCAUUCAGCAAAAGAGUUGCUUCUGGAGGAAAAUGUACGAUUGAUGAACGAGUUGGAUAUGUUCCGAAAGGAACAGGAGAAACUAUCCGCAGAAAACAUUCUAAAACAAUCAGACAAUAUGGAACGUCUACAGCAGUUGAAGGAUAGCGUUGAUAGUCGCGUACAACAGCUUGAACAAGAACUUGAUUCGUGUCAAAAUAAGUGUGCAUUAGUUGAAACAGAGCAAGAGGAACAAGUGAAGCGAUUUACCGAGGAGAAGGAAAUUCUUGCAAAGGUCAAUAAUGAUCUGCAGCUAAAGAUUGAUGAAAUGCAAGUUUUAGUAAAAGAACUGACGGCCGAAAAGUCCAACCAAACGGGUAUGGCGCAAUUAGUUACGGAAAAAGAAGAUUUACUAAAGGAGUUAACCGAUUUACAGCAGCAACAUGCUGCUCAGCUGGCCCGUGUCGACGAACUGCAACAAAAGUUUAGUGAAUAUGAAAAGGAAAUUGCAGCACGAGAAUCUAAGAAAUGCGAAGCGUUAGAAAUCUCCCUGAAACAGGUGCGAGAUGAAAUGGAAUCCUCAGGCAAAGCACUCGCACAACUAAAGGAGGAAAAAGAUGCGGCUGUGAGGCAAGAAGCUAAUAGCCGAGAAGAAUUAUUACACGUUCAGGAAACUGUUAAAGAGCUGGAAACGCAUAUUCUAGAGUUGGAGCAACAAUUAGCGACUACUCGCACAGAACAAGCAAUAUUGAUGGAGAAGCAAAAAGAAGAUCGAUUAGAGGGUGAAAAGUAUCGCAAUGAAAUGGAACACGAGCUGUCAACAACAAAAACCAUGCUUACACAGAGUAAAACAGAAAACAGUGAAAUCUUGAAUCGGUUAGAACUGACAAAGUCGAAUGAAGCACUAGAACAACAGUUGAUAGAAAAGGAUAACGCACUGGUUAAAAUAGCAUCGGAGCUAGAAGCUGCUCGGGAGCAGUGUAAUGUUACGGAGCAACAACAAAAGACUGAUCGCGAAUCGUACGAUACGAUUCAGCAUAAACUCGAAGAGGAAAUAGAACUGCUGAAGAAAAUGGUCGAUCAAGUGAGUGAAGAUAAAAAUCUUAUCGAGAAGGAACAUUCCGAGUGCAGCAUAAGGCAUAGUUCGCUUCAAAGUCAGCUAGAGGAACGGGAAGUGGAAAUGCUCAAGUACAUCACUGAUCUGGACAAGCUCCGUGCAGAACAAAUACGAUUAGUGGGACAACAGAAUGACACACAGCGUGAGCUGCAGGAGAAAAACGCUAAUCUCCAGCGGGAGCUAGAUUCCUUGCAAGAAAAUAUUAUGCAAUUGAUGAGUGAAAAUGAAGCCUUGCUUAAGGAGCAGAUUGAUGGGGCAAAGACGCAACAAGAGCAGCUCGAAGCAGACACAGACGAGUUGGCAAAGUUGCGAUCCUGUCGCGAUGAAUCCGAACGUUUGGUAGCGCAACUUGAACGUGACCUAGCAACGGUACGGGCUGAGCUAGAGAUGGUUCGUAACGAGCUGCUAGAGGAAAAGCAACGGCGGGAUGCAUGUGAACAGACGGAAAAGGAACGUUCGCGAUCGAUGAAUGAGGAAAUGGAACGAUUAAGAUGUUCUAUCAUCGCUCUUGAGGACGAAAAACGACGUCUAGAGGAAGAGCAAAAUCGUCUCCACGAGGAUUUAGAAACAAAAGAAAAACAAUCCACCGAACUGGAAGCACUGCAGCAGGAAAAAGAAAAUUUGCUCGAAGAGCUGCGUAAAGAAAACAGCGAUCUAACGAUAGCGGUACAGGAACUAUCCGCUAAGAUCGUUAAUUUAGAAGAACAAAUGGAUAGCAAUGAAGCGAUACAGAGGAAAACGAUCGAUACACUAGUCCGCGAGAGACACGAACAGGAGGAUACUGUGCUGGCACUUAAGCGUCAACUUACGGAAGUUGAAGAUAAGUUGAAGGAUCUCGAAAAGCAGCACCAACAAGUCGACACCGAGCUGCGUGAAGUGAAAGCAUCACUUGAGGAAAGUCUAGCGGUACGCUUGCGUCUCGAAAUGGACAUUGAAGAGUCGUCCGGAGUGCGGGACGUUCUUGAGCGCGAGCUACAAAAUCUUAAAUGUGAUCUCGAGAACCUCGACAGCAAAUUGGCAAACGAACGGUACGAGCAAGAGCGCCAAAUUUCGGCCAACCUUCGCCGCGAGUUGGACGAAAAGCAGAAAGAGUUGGAAAGCUUUAUGGCCACCGGUCGCCCAUCGCUCGGUGAUGGUCGAGUUGUGUCGGCGCUUCGGCGUGAAAAUGAAGAUCUGCUUAAGCAACUGAACGAAGCGCGACAAAUCGAUGGUCUUAAGGGCCGCCAGUUGCAGGAACGCGUUGAUGAGUUAGAACGUCUUGAAAGAGAGAUAGCGCGACUUCGCGAUGAAAUGUCGACCAUGAGACACGAGUCGAGCUUUAACGAAAAGCUAGAAGAAAUAACUCAUCUCCAGCAAAAGGUUCAGGACUCGGAAAAGGUACGUGAGGAAACGGUACACCAGAAACGUUCGCUUGAACGUGCAUUCGAUCAGCUAAGGUUUAAACAUCAAUCGCUCGCGAAAGAGGUAGAUGAGCUGCGACGAACGACUGAUAAGGAACGGAAAUCUCGUCGCCAGAGCACACACGACGAUCGACGAGGAUUGCUGUUUAACAGUAAAGAAAUAGCCACGAUGACGGAUCCAACUUCUGCCGAUUGUGCCUGCACGGAGAUGAACGACAAGAUUAAGGAGCUGCGCAACAAGCUUACCCUGAAGGACUGUCAGCUGAACACACAAAAGCUCAUCUCUUCCGCAAACCCGCUCAAGAAUGAAAUAACGGAAAUGCGCCGAAAGCUUGAAGAUCAAAAUCGUGAAAAGUCAUUGAUCGAGCAAGAGUUACACUCGGUACUACAGGAGCUUGAUAGAGAAAAGAAAGAUCGCAAACGACACUGUACGCAGUGCAUGCGACACAGUCGACAGCAAAACGCUCGUUGUGAUAAAGCGGUACAGGCGUAUCAACCGAGCGAGAGUCCCUGUGCGGCCGUAUCCGUUUCGAUUGUGUCCACUGGUAAAAAUGGACGGGUGGAAGUUAGUGACACGAGUGCAAGUACAGAAUUGAAAACACUGCAACAACGUUUCGACGAACAGCAGGAGCAGUUUGAGCUGCUGAACAAAAAGUAUCAAACGAUGAAGCAGCUGUGCCGGGUGCGUAAUGAAAAGAUUACCAGCCUGAGUAUUGGUCUCGCGGAAAAGGAGAACGAAAAUACUAAUGUAAACCGUAGUAUACAGAAUGAAUGUAUUCAAUUGAAGCAACAACUAAAGGAGGCAGAAAAUCGAUACGCUCAGAUCUACACCAACAGUUAUCAGACGAAAGCAAAAUCGAUCAACAGAUCCGAUGUUGGUUUGCAGACGGAUAAAGACGCUGUUCGAGAAGAAAUGGAUAUGUAUCGUGCAAAGUACGAGCGUUAUAAGGCACUGUCAGCCCGAUUGCUGGAAGAAGCUAAAACAUACAAAUCAAACGCCCAACGGACGACGAACGGCGUAUAACGGCUUCUUACCGUUCGUUUUCAUUAGGAUUUGUUGCAUCCCUAAAAAUAGCAUAACUUUGUCUAGUCUCGUGCAAAAUGGAGUAAAAGUCUUGCACCAAACAUUUCGCCUGGUAGGAAUAUUGUGUAUUUUUCGAUCAAAUACUUAAACAAACCCGUCCGUUCUCGGAUCACUGGAACAUCCCGUACCGUUGCAUUUCCGUGUGCUUAUUGAAUGUACAUUGUUAAUUUAGGUGUAGUAAAUAUAAUGUGUUUUUUUCACCACUGCUUUCCUGUA